AUGGCAGGUAGGGGAAGUCACAUUCCCUGGUUUACUAAGGAAGAAGCUGACCUUUAUCUAGACGACUUUGACUCCGAGAUGCUCUCUUCGACUUCAUCGUCUCCCACCCCAGGAAGCCCCCAGACGCCGGCGGGAGGUAAUGGGACAGCCAGGAACAGUAUACCAGCAAUGCCAGAGCUGUCACCACCGGGGUCUCACGGACCUGCGACUCGAGAAGUAGCCAUGACGGGCUUUAACGAGAAUCUCAAGGACUCCGCUCCAUUAACCAGCAUCUCUGAGAAAAACGACGAGGAAACCGAAGAUUCUACGAGUAAUUUGCCAGCAGUACUGCGAGAGGAACCUGGCGCAUCGUGGAUGAACAAGAAGGCGGACGAAGAAGCGAAGAGGGCACUCGAGUUCGUUGUAGACAAGGACUUCAGCCUCAGAGAGUUUGGAGACCCGUUUGAUGAUAGAGCUGGCGUCGAGAUAGUUCGAUAUGAGAAACUGUGGCUUGUGAUGGGGGGCCUUGGUUGGCACGGCAACGGGCUACUAGCAGGGGGUGACAACAUCAUCAUGGAGAAGCAAAGGAGGAAGAAAAAAAAAAGAAAACGCGCCAAACCAUCCAGGCCGAUGACUGAAUUAGUUCAGAAUAACAAACAUCCUAUCUUCAGUUUCCUAUCACAUUCAUUACUGUGGACUUGGUCUUUCAUCAUCGACUACGGACGAAUCGCUAUUCUGAAGGCUAUAUCUAUUUCCAUCAUUGUGCAAACAGUACAAAAUGCGUUCUCCAAGAAGGUACCUAACGCUUCCACAAGCUUCAAAAUUCACUGGGCUUCUCUGCCUCAGGCGCAGGCUCAGAUUCACCUUCGCAACCAUCCCUCACUCAUGCAAAGACACGUCGACAGCAAGUUCACUCCGGAGGCAACGUCGAAGAAACCAACCCGCCUCUGGGACCGCAAGCCAACAACGCCUGUCCUCCCACGGUCCAAGACACAGAAGAUCUGGAAGAGGUGUACCGAUUCUACGUCAUUAGAAGUGAACAGCAUGCACGACACGGAUGCGUUUUCUACAGAGAUCAACUUGGCCGCGACUCUGGCCGCGCUACGUGGCGUGAAGAGGUUGCGACUGGCGCAUACCCCAGAGUGUGAGCGUGGACGGUCGUUUUUGGAGACAAAAUGGGAAGCGCAGACGGAAGACCGACGACGAAAAUACGUUGCGCCAGCGGAGAGCGCGCAAACAACGGCAUCGGUCGACUUCCUACUUCGAGCGAAGGGUGGGACCGAGGGUGUUGAGGUGUCCGAUGAAGAGCAGGUUCAUUGUAGUAGCUCUUACAACGAACCCAGAGACAUUCCUCAGCCGGAGGAGACUGCACAGGAGGUCAGAACAAUGCCAGGAGAAGUCAACCAGGAGAAACCGAACACAGUCCGCACAGAAUGCCAGCCAGAUGAUGGCAGAGAACCCGAAGAAGAGACCUUCUUUGAUGCCGUAGCGGAACCCAUGGCCGUCGUGCCGGAGCAAGGGGCUAUCCCGCUCCAGGUCUCACCAGUGCGGAAGAUAGCUAUUCUCGACGGCGAUGAUGCAGAGGUUAUUUCUGACUUCCUAUCCAAGGCACGGGCUAAGAGAGCUGCCAAUACGCCGGUGAAGAAAGAUGCUAGUGUUGACCGGCUGCCAGAAUCACCAACUCCCACUGCACGACGCAUACUGGAAGCUGUGGACGGGAACUCACCUCGUUCGCAUAGACGACAAUUGCCUCCUGAGAAGCUACAGCUUCCUGACUUUUGUUUUAACCGACGGUCGCCCCGCAUUGUUGCGUCCAAAUCAACGGACCAAAAACCACCGUUCGAAAACGUCUGGGAUGGCUCAAUUGCACCCAGCUCUCCUGUUGUUGAAGUAACGGUUGAGCAUGCCCGGCAUCCGCCCAGGGUCCCGGACCAGAUCCCAACACGCCGCCGAAAGGGCACUGAGUUCGUUUUUAUGCAGCGAACAGACGACCAGCAGACAGCCAUUCUGACCAAGGCGAACACGAGACUGAACAAGGGCAGCAAACCCCCACACAAAUUGUUGCCAAUUCUCAAUAAAGCCAUUGCAGCGCUGGGGACGGAUCCAGAAGAUGACCAGCAUCAACACCGAGACCUGUCAAAGAAACAAGUCAGAUGGAACGACGCGGCUCUAGUCGAGUACUGUGGGGAGAAGAAGGUCCCCGAGUUUGACUUGGAGGUUUACCAGAACUCGGAGGCAAUCGAGCGGAACCUUCGUUCAUCCAGCAGACGGAACAACAAUACGAGCAAAAAUGAAGAGCAUCCGCCUGAAGCGACGGAAAGCUACAACAAACAAGGUGAUCAACCGGCUCCAUUUCUUGCACCUAUCGUAAAGAUGCCCGCUCCAGCAACCCCAUACCGCUCCACUCCCAUGCCGAGAAAAAUGCGGAAACUGGUGGGCGCAAAACACCUUGACGUUCACCCUAACGAAGGGGAAAGCCCGCCAGUCACCCGCAUCAACUUGUCUAUGAAGACUGCGGGGGUGUUCCCUGGCACUCCGCUCCGACACAAGAAGACGUUCUCGUUGGCCCAGGGGGUUCCGCGGACUCUUUCACUAAAGCCGACGAAAUCAACCACGUCAACCUCAUCAGCAUCGAUGACUUCCGGAUCUGGAUCGGGAUCUGGCUUAGGAUCCGGCCUUGGCUACCCAACCGUGCUACUCAGGAAGCAAACGAAAUCAUAG